UUUCUUCUUCUCUCUUAUCCCUUUCUUUCGUACAAAAUUUUCAUCUCUCAAAAAACAAAAAAAGAUUCUUACCGUUUCUUUGUCGGUAAGAGAAAAAAAAAGGCAUCAAUUCACGGCGCCGACCCGAUUAGGCUCCGGAAGGGACACCUGAUUCUGGUUCUUGAAGCACCAAGGAACGGCUGCGUUUAAUAGUUAUUUUCGUUUCGGAUGAGAAGUUAGGGUUUUCGAUUUUGGGACAUUGUCUUUUGAAAAGGAAAUUGCAGGGAUUGGAGGUCUGACUUUUAGGUUUUAUUUUGGGUUGAUUGUAUAGACGGGGAAAAUAGGUGGGGGUUAGAAGAUAAUGUGUAUACUGUGUGUGAUUCAGAAGUGGUCUCGACGGGUUGCUGCCAUGCUGCCUUGGUUAGUUAUACCUCUCAUAGGUUUAUGGGCUCUUUCUCAGCUUUUGCCGCCAGAUUUUCGAUUUGAGAUUACCUCCCCUAGGUUGGCUUGUGUAUUUGUGCUUCUGGUUACUCUUUUUUGGUAUGAGAUUUUGACGCCUCAGAUAUCUGCUUGGCGGGUUAAAAGGAAUCAACGUCUCAGGGAGCGCAAGAGGUUUGAGGCUAUAGAAUUGCAGAAGCUUCGGAAGACUGCAACACGAAGGUGUCGGAACUGCCUGACUCCUUAUAGGGAUCAGAACCCUGGUGGUGGUCGGUUUAUGUGCUCUUAUUGUGGCCAUAUUUCGAAGAGACCUGUUUUAGACUUGCCUGCACCGCCUGGUAUGAGAAUCUCAAAUUCUGGUAUUAUUAAGGAUCUCGUAGGAAAAGGCGGGAGAAUCUUGAAUGGUAAGGGGUGGUCUGAAAAUGUGUGGAUGCCUGGACAGUUGGAAAAUGGCAACUGGGUUGCUAGGUCUGUUUCGGGGAAGCCUAGCUAUUGGCGGAGGAAUGGCACUGGAGUUUUUGGUGGAGACGAGGAUUGUUUGACGGAGAAGUUUUAUUCAGGCAUUGUUAUUUUUUCAUGCAAGCUGUUGACAUCCUUCUUCUUGAGCAUUAGGUGGCUUUUUAGAAAGAUUUUUAGGUUUAGUUCAUCGAGGGAUGAUGGUUCAUUUGAUUCACACCACCGGAGGAUGUUGACUAAGAGGGGUGAAAAUGGGACAAGCUUCCAAGAGAGAAGAGGAGAGAAAGCUCGCCGAAAAGCUGAAGAAAAGAGACAGGCUAGAUUAGAAAAGGAGCUUUUGGAGGAAGAAGAGAGAAAGCAAAGAGAGGAGGUUGCAAGAUUGGUGGAGGAACAAAGGAAACUGAGGGAUGAAAAACUGGAGACUGAAAAAAAUUGUAGCAAAUUAUCUACACCUGUUAGGGAGAAAGAGAUGAAAAAGGAGGCUGAAAAGAAGCGUCAAUAUAGAAGGAAAGAGAAAGAUAAGGCAUCUAGUAAGAGCAAUUCUGAUGUUGAAGAAGUUGAAAAGAGAACCAGUAUGGAAACUGAACGGAAACGUGACAUUGAUAAGAAGAGUGAGAUUGAUAACUGGGAACAUCAGAAGUCUGGGCUGGAUAAUGUCAAGGCACGUACGCUAGAAACAGGACAUGGGCUGAAAUAUACUUCUUCAAAUAACUUUAGUCGAGUAAAUUCUGGUACUAGAUACUUUGAUCGUGUGAGGGGUACAUUUUUUUCAUCGUCUAAGGCUUUUAGUGGAAGUAGUUUCUUUGGAAAGAGUGCUAAUACUCCUGCUACUAUUACAAAGGAAAAGAAAACUACCAAUUUUGUUGACCAUGCAAGUACUUCUGACCAUAGGAGAGAUUUUUGUGCACCUGAGUGUGUAUCUGAGAAGCCUAGUAUCAAUGGAGAUGAUAAGAAUGCUAAAAGCAGCUACCCUGUGCUUUCUGGACCCCUACCAAGGGCAGCACCAAAAAAAUCUUGGCAACAGUUAUUCACUAAUUCACCCUCUGUUGCUCCAGUUUCAAAUGAAAAUGUUAUUACCAGACCAAAUUCAAAGAUUCAAGCAGAAGCUAGCCCACCAUUUCCUGGCCAUUCUUCAACAAUGCAAACAUUUGAUAGUCCUAUCAAUUUUGCACUGCCAUCACCAUUUAUUUCUACAUAUCAAAAUGGAGUCCCCAGCAGUAGUUUAGGUUUCUCACCUGCUGUUGGACCAGCAUAUUCUAGUACUUCUGAAGGGCUUCAUGAAUUUAUUCCAGAAGAACCAGAGUUUUUUGAAGACCCAUGUUAUGUCCCUGAUCCCGUAUCCUUGCUUGGGCCUGUUUCAGAGUUGCUUGAUAAUUUUCAGUUGGACUCAGGUGCUGGCUAUGGAAGGGAUAUCAGUAUAGGUAUGGAAAGGCCUCGAGCUAUGAAUAAUUCCGCUUCUUCCGAAGUUAACAAGCCCUCGCCUAUUGAGUGCCCCUUGUCAAGAUUACGAUCUGCUGAUGAAAGGCAUAACAAUUCAAAUAGGUUCCCGACUACCCCAAAGGCCCAAGAUCUUCGCUCUUACCCUGUGGAUGUUACAAAUGCAAAUGAUACGGGGACAUGGCAGAUUUGGAAUAGUUCUCUCCUUGAGGAUGGUCUGGGUUUGGUGGGUGGUACUGGUCCUGCAAGCUGGCUUUUACCCUUGGAGCAUAAUAUAUCAAAUAAGGAAAACUUUGCCCACCCUUAUACGCAGAACACUAUGGAAUCAUUGUUUUUGAAUGAGGACCCUUUACUUGCUGGUACACAAUCUCCUCAGCAGGUUUUUCUUGGUAACAGCCAGCUUGCUGGGGCAUUCAAUCCUGUAAAUGGUCCAAGUGAUCAGGAUCCAUGUCUUCAGAAUGCUUUCUUUCCACCAUUUUCUGACGGUGAUACUCAUUUUCCUAUUAAGCCUCAGGAGGAUGUGAGUGAAAGUAGUUAUGGAAUUCCUAGUGGAGCUGCUUGUACACAUCCAUUUGAGCUGUCUACUUUGAAUUGUUGGCCCAAGAAGGAAUGGGGUAUUAAGCAAGAAAGUUCUGGAGGAGAAGCUGUUGGAAGGUCUACAGUUGCAAGGCCAACCCAUAUUGGGGGUUCCUUUCCUCCCCCAGAUGUACAUUCACUUUGGUGAUUUAUCAUUUAAAUAAUAGGUUCAAAAAAUAUGAUAGAAAAAUACACAAUAUUGUCCAAUUGGAUUUUGUAUCUUCUCUUCUUUCAUGGGGAAGAGAGUAUUAAAAUUAGUUUCCAUGGGGAAUACAUGUGGGGUUCAUUCACUUUUAGGAUCUGUAUCAUUUAAAAUGGAAAAUUUCUUAUUAUACUGCGAAUCAAAUAACAAGACCCAUGAUAUUUGAUCUUCUAUGGGUGCUUUUUAUUA